GUGUGGCUGCUUUAGCGACAGCCAAGCCAUCGUCUCCCUGCAUUCACCAAAAACCGUACGAAAAUCAGAGAGAAGAAGCAGAGAGAAUAACUGUGUAAGCCGAGAAGCUGAGACGGAGCAAUUGGUGGUGGAGCUUAAUCAGAGAAAAUUUCCCUUACUAUGUGAAUCGCAGGGACCGGAAUGAAUCCUUUUGCAAAGUGAAAGUCUCUGUUGUCAUGGAGAUCUUUUCUUCAACUUGAAUUCAUGGAGGUGAUUGGAUCAGUGAAACUGUUUUCAUCGUCACCGGCGAACACGGUUUCAGGCUUGAGUUACUCUCCCUCAUCUUAUUCUUCUUCCUUUUCUCCCAAGAAGAAGAAGAAGAAGAAGAAGCUGCUUGUAGUGUCGAAGAGCAAAAGGCAGCCUCAAACUUCAUCGGGUGCUUCUGAUCCUCCUCCGAGAAUUACGUCAAAUCUGAAGCAGAAUUUGCAGUUUCUGAAAUUAUGGAAGGAGUUUCAAAAGAGGAAAUCUGGCGCACCUAAGCCUGCUACUAGUUACCGGAAGAAGAAGGUAGAGAAGGAGGACCUCCCAGGAGAUACGGAGCUUUAUCGUGAUCCCACAUUGGCUCUUUACUAUACAAACCAGGGCAUAGACAACGCAGUCCCUGUCUUGCUGGUUGAUGGUUAUAAUGUGUGUGGCUACUGGGUGAAACUGAAGAAACAUUUUAUGAAUGGGAGACUUGACGUAGCUCGCCAAAAGCUAAUUGAUGAGCUUAUUACGUUCAGUAUGCUGAGAGAGGUCAAAGUCGUAGUUGUAUUUGAUGCGAUGCUGUCUGGACUCCCAACACACAAGGAAAACUUUGCUGGAAUCGAUGUGGUUUAUUCAGGUGAGUCGUGUGCAGAUACAUGGAUUGAAACAGAGGUUGUAGCCCUGAAGGAGGAUGGAUGCCCCAAAGUUUGGGUAGUGACUUCUGAUGUCUGUCAGCAGCAUGCAGCCCAUGGAGCAGGAGCCUUUAUUUGGAGUUGCAAGGCAUUAGUUUCUGAGAUUAAAGCAUCAAAAAAGGAGGUUGAAAUGAUGUUGCAAGAACACAGAUCAACAUCUUUCCAAGGGAAACUGUUAAAGCAUAAUCUUGAUUCAGAAGUCGUCAAUGCUCUCAAUGACCUGAAAAGGAAGCUCAACGAAAGCGAACCAAAGUAGAUGGGAAGUUUGUUUGUACAAAUACCCUUUUUUUUCUAACUCCAUUAUUUCUUCAUUAAUUUAAACCGAAUCUCAUGUUCAUAGGCAUGUCAGUCUGUUCCAAGCUGAUUAAUAGAAGACAAAAUCACAUUGUUUCUCUUUUGUAUACAUAUCCUCUAGACUUCUGACAGAAAAUAACCUCAAGGUUUAUUGAUAUGGCCUAUGGGGAUGAAGUUCUAGGCUCCCCUAGCCUUUCUGAAUUCCAGAUGUAGGGUCUCUAUGUUCCAACAGUGAAGAGAAGCAUAAUAUUUGUGCA